AUGACGUCGCGGCUACCCACAAAGUCGGCCUCGGGCUUCGACUUUUCCUCGUACUCGCGCAACAACCACCUCUCCUCGUCCGGUCUCGGCGGCUUCACCGCCACCUCGACGGGAACCACCAUCGUCGGCUGCAUCUACCGCGACGGCGUCGUCCUCGGCGCAGACACCCGCGCCACAGAGGGACCCAUCGUCGCCGACAAAAACUGCGAAAAGAUCCACUACAUCUCCGACAACAUCCGCUGCUGCGGCGCCGGUACCGCCGCCGACACCGAGUUUGUCACGGCCCUCAUUUCCAGCAACAUGCAGCUCCACGAGCUCAACACGGGCAGGAAACCGCGCGUCGUCACCGCCAUGACGAUGCUCAAGCAGAGGCUGUUUCAGUACCAAGGGCACAUCGGCGCCGCCCUCGUCCUGGGAGGCUACGACGCAACCGGACCCAACCUUUUCACCGUCGCACCGCAUGGAUCCACAGAUAAGCUGCCCUACGUCACCAUGGGCUCCGGCUCGCUAGCCGCCAUGGCCGUGUUUGAGAGCGGCUGGGUCAAGGACAUGGAGCGGGAAGACGCAAUCAAGCUGGUGGCCGCCGCCAUUUCGUCGGGCAUCUUUAACGACCUCGGCUCCGGCUCCAACGUCGACGUCUGCGUCAUCACAAAGGACCGGACCGACUACCUGCGCAACUACCAGACGCCCAACGAGCGCGUCGAAAAGGAACAGAGGUACGGCUUCAAAAAGGGCACCACGGCCUUUACAAAGGAGAUGAUCUACAGCAUGAUCCAGAAGGAGGACGUCCUCGAGGUCGGAAAGACGGCGCCCGUACCAGCCGCUGCGGGCGAAGAGACCAUGGACACGUCCUAG